AAUCUCUCUCUCUCUCUCUCUCUCUCUCUCUCUCUCUCUCUCUAUAUAUAUAUAUAUGUAUAUAUAUAUAUAUAUAUAUAUAUAUAUACAUACAAAUCCUCAACCACCAUCUCCACAGCAAACAGAGCCACACGCCGAAACGAUGUCGGAUCAGAUUGCGAGAGCAGAAGAUUGCGAGAAGAAAGCCGAGAAGAAGCUCAGCGGUUGGGGCCUCUUCAGCUCCAAAUACGAAGACGCCGCCGAUUUGUUCGAUAAAGCCGCCAAUUCCUUCAAGCUCGCCAAAUCAUGGGACCAAGCAGGAUCAACCUAUAUCAAGUUAGCAAACUGUCAUUUAAAGAUGGACUGCUAGUGCUUAUGCUAAUGCUGCCAAUUGUUACAAGAAGACAAAUUCUAAAGGUAUACAUUGUGUUGACUUCUCUCUUCGAUGAUUAAUCCCGCUCUUUUUAACGCAAAUCUCCAUUUGCCACAUAUAUGUGUGUUGUGCAGCUAAAAAGGGAUGAAAGCAUAAUAAAACUGGAGUUCUAGAACUGCAACAGCAUUGGUAUUAAGAAUGAACUUCUUGACAAUAGUAUACGAGCAAAUGAAGCGUUCGAGGUUCAAUUUCAGGGAAAAGUGUUUAUAAAUUGAGCGCAUGCAUGUGCUCAUAUUCCUUUGAAGUAGGAGUGGUCUGCACAUGCUUUGUAUUUAGCCAAGUCCACAACAUUUUUAAAAGGACUGUCCAUCUAUGGCCACUUGAUUUGUGUACCUUUAUAACUUGGAACUUAAUGAGUUUCUUAUCAGAGUGGCUUGAUUCUAGUUUAUAGAACUGCCAAAGGUAGUACUGUACGGGAACAAGCUAAAUGGAAAAACCAUCUCGGAGACGGGAACAUCAUAGGUUAUUUAUAUUCCAAGUGCAUCUUCUUUGUAUUCCUGUACAAUUGUUCUACUAUUUGUCACGACUCGUGCUGAAUUUAUAAAGAAAUCACUCUUAUUGAGCACUAGCCCAGCCAAA